AUGAAGAUUCAAUUAGCGCUAUUGUGCUUUUGUAGCACAGUGUGGGCGAGUACAAAACCAAUCGUCAUACCAGACUGCGUACUCGCAGCGUCAGCUGGUUAUGCUUACCCUCCGCCAAACGUGCAACUAUCAGUGACUCCCGCAAGAGCUAAAUAUAAAAUUCCUUUGUCAUUGGGAAGUCAGUCGGAUAGUGGAUAUCUAAAUGUUGAUACAGUGAAAUCAUCCGAAUCAUAUUAUGAAAGCGAAGUUGGAGUAUCUCGAAUUGGACUUGGUGAUAAGUUAUUGCAAAUAUCAACAAAUGCAGCGCCAAAGAAUGGAGGUAUUACAUAUGCAGAUCAGCCCCUUAAAACUUCUGGGCUCAUCCAGCAAGACAUUGAAUUAAAAAAUUUGCUUACACCUUCCAUUUCUAAAAGAGUGCUCAUACCACCCAAAGUGGAGGGAAUAUCAAACGCAUACCUACCGCCUGUCGCAACCGUCGAAUCAAAAGUAACCAAAAUUGGAGCUCUUACUUCACCUGGAUUAUCAAAGACUUAUACUACAAUACCGAAUCUCAAAUUCCAAAGCUUCACAUCCCCUGCUGCAUCGAAAAGUUCUGAAUAUGAAUCAUCGGAAUACUCAUACUAUCAAUCUAGCCCAACGAUCUCGAAAGCUUCCACAUAUGUCACACCAUUCCAAACAGGACAACUAAACUCAUACGCGCCUGCAAUAUCCUAUAACACUCCAUACACUCAAAAGUUAACAAAUCCCUUAAUAUCCACAUCUCUCACUAAAUUGGAUGGAAAUCUGUUAACCGAGAAAGCGUUCUCGUCGCUUGGAUCUUACUCGUACGCACCGCAUAUAUCAAGCACUUACCUUUCAAGUACACCCGUUUCGCAAUAUACUCCACUGUCUGUGGGAUAUUCCUCAGGCUUGAAAGCGGGAGCAUAUCAAUCGCAAUACGUAACAUCUGGUGUAGAUUUAUCUAAAUAUGGCGCUAAAUCUGUUAUUUCAAGUGGGGCAUAUUCCCAUCAACAAGUAUCAAAACCAGUAUCUUCAACAGCAUAUGUUUCAGGAGUUGUAACUCCAGCAGUUACACCAGCAAUUGCUCACUACCCAGUGGCUGCAGCCGUGGAAUCUGGUUAUAGUAGUGAAAAGUAUAGUACGAAUGGAGCUAUAUCUCACCAAUUUGUUUCCAAACCAACACAAUCAGUGAGUUUCGUUAGUCCAAGCGUAUCUAAAGUGGCUGCCAUAACAACACCACUUGUAGCACCAGCAGUUGCUCAGUACUCUUCCGGUCUUACCUUGAAUAAAGAGGUAGGUUAUGCUGUUCCCUCUCUUUCAUCUCUCUCUACAGGAUCUCCGUCUCUUAAGUAUGCAAGUGGUGGAGCAGUUUCUCAUCAGUAUGUCUCGAAACCUUUGCAGACUGUGGGCUAUGCAACUACACCGGUAGCUAAGGUACCUGCCAUUGCUAUUCCAGCCGUAUCUACAGUAACAGCUGCCGCUGCUCCCACAGUUACGCAAUAUUCUACAGGUCUUGGAGUUUCUCAACAUGGCAGUUAUACUGCUCCCUCAGUUACACAGUAUUCUUCAGGUCAAGGAAUUUCUGCUGGCGCAGUUUCUCAUCAAGAGAUUUCCAAACCUAUACAAACAUUAACUUAUUCAGCUCCCACGAUAUCCAAAGUUUCAGCAAUUUCACCAGUUAUAAAACCAUCUGUAACAGCUAUCCAGUUGGAAACACAAUCCGCCAAAUAUACAAGCAGCGGAGCAGUCUCGCAUCAAUAUGUUUCGAAACCCGUACAGACUUCAAGUUAUGCCGCAGUGCCCUUAACUAAAGUUGCUCCCGUCACUUCGCCUACGCUUUCACAAUAUAAUUCUGGUCUCGGAGUAUCUAAAAUUGUCAACUAUGCUGCACCAGCUGUAUCGUCUAUCACUAGCAGCAACUAUGCGUCAUACGGCUCCUCGGGAGGAAUUUCACAUCAGCCUUUGACAUAUUCGGCCCCUGCAAUAACUAAAGUCGCUGCCGCGUUACCUGUAAUAAAGCCUGUAGUAACACAAUACACUUCAGGCUCUGGGUUAUCGUCUAUUCAUUCGGGAUCUCAAUCUGUCAAGUAUGAAGGUGGCGGCGCAAUUUCACAUCAAUACGUUUCGAAACCUAUACAACCUUUGACAUAUUCAACUCCAGUGAUUAGCAAAUCUAUACAGACAGUGAGCUAUGAAGCUGCACCAGUUGCGAAGAUACCAACCGUUGCAGUCCCUGCUAUUGCUAAAGUGGGAACUUAUGCCGCGCCUGCGAUUACCCAGUAUUCUUCUGGCCUCGGAGUUUCCCAACAUGGUGGUGCAGUUUCACAUCAAUACGUUUCGAAACCUAUACAACCUUUGACAUAUUCAACUCCAGCGAUUGGCAAAUCUAUACAAACAGUGAGCUAUGAAGCUGCACCAGUUGCGAAGAUACCAACCGUUGCGGUCCCUGCUAUUGCUAAAGUGGGAACUUACGCCGCACCUGCGAUUACCCAGUAUUCUUCUGGCCUCGGAGUUUCCCAACAUGGUGGUGCAGUUUCACAUCAAUACGUUUCGAAACCUAUACAACCUUUGACAUAUUCAACUCCAGCGAUUGGCAAAUCUAUACAAACAGUGAGCUAUGAAGCUGCACCAGUUGCGAAGAUACCAACCGUUGCAGUCCCUGCUAUUGCUAAAGUGGGAACUUACGCCGCACCUGCGAUUACCCAGUAUUCUUCUGGCCUCGGAGUUUCCCAACAUGGUGGUGCAGUUUCACAUCAAUACGUUUCGAAACCUAUACAACCUUUGACAUAUUCAACUCCAGCGAUUGGCAAAUCUAUACAAACAGUGAGCUAUGAAGCUGCACCAGUUGCGAAGAUACCAACCGUUGCAGUCCCUGCUAUUGCUAAAGUGGGAACUUAUGCCGCGCCUGCGAUUACCCAGUAUUCUUCUGGCCUCGGAGUUUCCCAACAUGGUGGUGCAGUUUCACAUCAAUACGUUUCCAAACCCAUACAACCUUUGACGUAUUCAACUCCAGCAGUUGGCAAGAUCGCUGCUGUAUCCCCAGUUUUAACACCAGUUGUAACUCAAUACCCUUCGGGCUCUUCAUCUAUCCAUGCGGGAGCUCAGUCCGUGAAAUACGGAAGUAGUGGAGCGAUUUCUCAUCAGUAUGUUUCGAAGCCUUUACAAACCGUUAGCUAUGCAGCGUCACCGCUGGUAAAAACCCCUGCCGUUGCUAUCCCGGCAGUUACAAGAGUAGAAGCAUAUCCCGCACCCACUGUGACAAAAUAUUCCUCUGGCCUUGGAAUUUCACAACAUAGCAGUGGCGCAAUAUCCCACCAGUAUAUUUCUAAGCCCUUACAACCAGUUACAUACUCGGCGCCUGCUAUAACCAAAGUCGCUGCACCAGUCGUAGCGCCAAUUGUAACGUCUGGUCUCACCCAAUACUCUUCAGGCUCUGACUUAACUGCCACACAUUUAGGAUCUCAAUCAGUAAAAUAUGCAAGUAGUGGUGCAGUUUCCCAUCAAUACGUUUCCAAACCUUUGCAAACCGUAAGCUAUGCGACGGCACCAGCCGUUUCAGCUUUAAAUUAUGCCAACCCGUCGAUUAAGUCGGUUAAUUUGGGAGCGCAGUCUGUAAAAUAUGCCGGUGGCGGUGCUAUAUCCCAUCAGCUCGUUUCGAAGCCGUCGCAACCACUGCUAUUUGCAACUCAAGCAGCCACAUUGACAACUUCUGCUAAAGAUUACCUUGCGCCGACACUUGAUAUAACAAAAUCGUCGUCCUAUCCACUACCAGGCGUAAUAUCCAUACAUUCCAGCACUGGGUCAGCAAAAUACGGUUCCAGUGGAUCUGUUUCUCAUCAAUACAUCUCCAAGCAGCCCGCCAUUGCAGUAAGCAAAAUAAAUCCUUACUCAGUGCCAGCCAUCACGCCCGUUAUAUCUACUCCUGCGUUAGCAAAAGUAGCAACAUAUGCCUCGCCAGCCUUAUCAGCAAUCCAUUCAAGUACAGGUUUAGCUAAGCUGUCAAGCAGUGGUGCUAUAUCUCAACAAUACUCCGGUAUAUCUACUAAAGCAGGUAUCGGUGGAUAUGCAGUUCAGAGUUCACUUAGCAGUUUAGGUUUGGGUAAAGAUCUAACCAAUGCAGCGCUCCUACACCAACAGAAAAUUCCUAUUGUAGCAAACUUGGCGCAACCCGUUUAUGGCAAAUCUGGCUUGAGUUAUUCCGCUUCAACACCGUUAACAUCAACUGGGUAUUCAACAAUACCUUCGGCGCACGGCGGUCCAUAUUAUGGAGCAAUAGCAUUGGGACACACCGGGUUGUCACCGAUCUUGAAACUUGGUGAAACUGGGCCAUCAUCUCUGCACGGAGUCGGCGGCAGUUUAAGUUUAUCGCCAUUAAAAUACAGUACAGUCCAAGGGAGUUUGCCUAUUUUAAAGGACCAGAGGGAACUACUUAGUGGCUAUGCGCACGGAGUUGGAGGUAUUGGUCCGCUUGGCGCUGGACUCUAUCGAUAUGCACCAUCAAUCUCACCUUUACUAGCGCAUAGUACUAGCCCCGCAACUUAUCUGAAGACACAACCUGCACUCAAAAUACAACCAGCUGUUAUCAAAACGAUUCCAGAAAAACACUAUGAACAUUAUAGUGACCAUGCUAGAUAUGCCUUCGAGUAUGGCGUAAAUGACCCAUAUACAGGAGAUAUAAAGCAUCAAAAGGAAGAACGGGAUGGAGAUGUUGUAAAAGGCGAAUACUCUCUGGUGGAGCCCGAUGGUAAUGUUCGCACCGUUAAAUACUAUGCCGAUUGGGAGACAGGAUUCCAUGCUGAAGUCAUUAAUAGUCGAGAUUCCGGCAAAUUAGUCACAAAACGGAGUUCAAUAAAAUCGUGAAUAUUGUUAAGAUUAUGAAAGAAAUUUUAGUUAAAUACACUCAUCAUCAUUUUGUAUCAUCUCUUACGUAUUUGUAGUUAGUUUAAAAAAUGUCAUCAAUGUACAGAGAAAUGUACAUUUGUGAAAAACCAUUACAGCGCAAUGUUAUUCCAUACACUCGUAUGUAUGUAUGUAAAUCUAGACCUUCGGAUAAAUAUGUAUAUAAUUUCUUCUUGUUUUGUAGCGGCUCCGUUAAAGCAUUUUUCAAAAAAGUCGAGUCUAGAUUGCAAUAAGUAUGUGUACAACAAUAUUUUCCCAAGCAUGUCUUCUUCAUGAUUUUCCAGUUUUCAAGUUUUCAACCGAUAAAGGCCAUUGUAAAUAAAAAAUAAAUAAAAUACGCGCAUAAGUGUCUAAACUAAAAUAUUUGUUUUGUAUUGCUUUCAUCGAAAUAGCCAUUUCAUUG